GGGCGUAUGAGCGAUGAAGCGCUGACGGGGCAUUGCAUGGCUAUGCUGGCCGAUGGUUUUGAGGAGAUUUGCAGUACGCUGAUUUACACAUUUUAUUAUUUGGCAAAAGAGCCGCGCGUGCAAGCUAAACUGCGCGUCGAAUUGUUGCAAGCGCAGCGGCAUGAAAAUUGCACCGAAUUCUCUUUUGACGCUUUGAUGUCACUCAGCUAUCUCGAUCAUUGCAUUUUUGAAACCCUGCGCCUGAGUCCCACAGUACCUUAUUGUCGGCGCAUUUGCACCACUGCUAAUGUGGUGCAGCUCUCGAAGCGCAAGUCCGUGCAAGUCGAUGAUGGCAUGGUGCUCUGUGUACCGGUAUAUUCAUACCAUCACGAUCCCUUUAUCUUCUGUGAGCCAAAUUCAUUUAUACCAGAACGUUUCGAAAAUGUUGCGCCGAAGGAGUUGAUGGAGCGAGGAGUUUUUCUUCCAUUCGGCGCUGGACCGAGAAGUUGUUUAGGCAAAGAUAUGGCUAUGGUGAUCAUAAAAUUGGCUAUCGUAUCCGUAGUGUCACAAUUUUCCAUAAAUACUUGCGCACAGACACAACAUGGCAAUAACCGAGAAGCAGAUUCAUUUCUACUCAAUUUAAAUGAGAAACUUAUGCUGGAGUUUAAACAACUAUGA